CUACGAUGCGCGCGAGAACUCGCGAGAUUUAGUCCCACUCGCUGGCUGCAUCCUUAACCGCGCGUUCAGCCAGCCAUCCAAUAUGGCCGUGACAGUGUGCACCCGGUUUAGUGAUAAUUACGAGCUGAAAGAAGAGUUGGGCAAGGGUGCUUUUUCUAUUGUUAGAAGAUGCGUUCAAAAGAACACUGGAUUAGAAUUUGCUGCUAAGAUAAUUAACACAAAGAAAUUAUCAGCCAGAGUUCGUCUACAUGACAGUAUACAAGAAGAAGGGUACCACUACUUAAUUUUCGAUUUAGUAACUGGUGGUGAACUUUUUGAAGACAUCGUAGCAAGAGAAUACUACAGUGAAGCCGAUGCCAGCCAUUGCAUUCAACAAAUCUUAGAGAGUGUUAGCCAUUGCCAUCAAAAUAGUGUUGUGCAUCGAGACUUAAAGCCAGAAAAUCUCUUGCUAGCAAGUAAAGCUAAGGGCGCCGCAGUCAAACUUGCCGAUUUCGGUUUAGCAAUAGAAGUGCAAGGGGAGCAACAAGCGUGGUAUGGCUUUGCUGGAACACCAGGGUAUUUAUCUCCGGAAGUUCUCAAAAAGGAUCCUUAUGGAAAACCGGUUGAUAUAUGGGCAUGUGGUGUCAUCUUGUACAUUUUACUCGUCGGCUACCCUCCCUUUUGGGAUGAAGACCAGCACAGACUGUAUGCGCAAAUCAAAGCCGGUGCUUACGAUUAUCCAUCUCCAGAAUGGGAUACAGUUACAGCAGAAGCAAAAAAUUUAAUUAACAGCAUGUUGACUGUUAAUCCAGGCAAAAGGAUAACUGCUGGGGAGGCUCUCAAACACCCAUGGAUUUGCCAACGAGAACGUGUAGCAUCUACUCUGCAUCGUCAAGAGACGGUAGAUUGCUUGAAGAAAUUCAAUGCUCGACGGAAACUAAAGGGUGCAAUUCUUACAACAAUGUUAGCCACGCGAAAUUUUUCUAGCCAUGUAACUGCUCCAAACCAAGGUCGCAGUAUCAUGGCUAAGAAAGGUGAAGGUUCUCAAGUGAAAGAAUCCACCGAUAGCAGCACAACAUUAGAAGACGAAGAUGUGAAAGCUAAAAGCUCAAUUCCUCCUGAGGGUAAUAAGAUUUUACAAGUUUUUCAAAAGAGAGCCUCUCUUCCUAGUCUUCCCGCCACCCUAAGUGGUCUGAGUUCAGCUGUUAAAGUUCAUAAUGGUAAUUUUCAGGAAUUCAGGAAGCAGGAAAUAAUUAAAAUAACUGAGCAACUUAUCCAUGCUAUCAAUACUGGAGAUUAUGAAACCUAUACAAAGUACUGUGAUCCACACAUAACAGCUUUUGAACCAGAAGCUCUAGGAAAUUUGAUUGAAGGCAUGGAUUUCCACAAAUUUUAUUUUGACAAUGCUUCAGGAAAGAACUGCAAGUCUUUAAAUACAACAAUCCUUAAUCCUACCGUUCAUCUUUUGGGGGAAGAUGGCGCUUGUGUUGCAUACAUUCGUCUCACUCAAUACAUCGAUAAGACCGGCGUUGCCCACACGCAGCAGAGCGAGGAGACGCGCGUCUGGCACAAGCGAGACGGCAAGUGGCAGAGCGUCCACUUCCACCGCUCGGGCUCUGCAUCUUCGCCUUUCACUUCGGUCCACAAGUAACUGCCUCCACUCGGUGUUUUGAUUUAGCUUCCCAUCAUUUCAUCCACUUCUGGCUUCUCUUUUUCAACUUUGAUUUGUCUCAUUUGGUCGUCAUUCACUUUGCAUUUGUACGACAUUCUACUUGCAAUAAAUUCAAAAUAGCAGAGAAGUUUUAUACUGUCUUUAAAGGAAGUCUGAAAAUUACAAUUGAUCUGACGAGAGACGUGCGAAUGGAAAACAUAUAUUGUUUAUGAUUAUGUUUUGUACAGAUUAAUUAGAUUUUAUUCUGUAUAGCUAUUUUACUGUUUUGUAUAAAUAUGUAUAUUGCUAGAAUUCCCAUUUGCUUACAUUUUAUCAUUAUUAUUGCUUAGCAAAAUUAAUCAACUCUGCAGUUUCAAAGUCUAUCAAAAUAAUUUUUUUUUCUCCUUUUUAUGAUUGAAUGGUGAUUUUUAAAUAUGUAUGAAAUGCAGCAUUCACUUUUAUUUUGAAUUUUUAUAUUUGAAUCUACGUUCUUUUUGAAUUUUAAAUUCUUUUCCGCAUGUGUAUUUGUAAACUAUUAUUUGUUCACCUUAAUAUAUUGUAUAAUGUUGAUAACCUUCUGUAAGAACUGUUAGUUAUCAGAGUUCCACUUUUUAUUAAGUUCAAGUAUUUUAUAUUUAAACAAUAUCAGUGAUUUUAAUCAGUUUUUACUGUUUGCCUUGCCAGAAGCAGUCGCUGAUUUCUUUUGUUCAAAUUUUCUCUUCAUAGUAGGAAACAGGUACAAUAAAAACGUUUCUUGUAAAAGAAAUGUAAAAUGGUAUUUGCUUACCUUUUAUUUCCAGCUCUAUGAAUGUUAAGAACUUGUUGAAUUGCAAUAAAAAAAAUACAACUUUCAAAUUUUGAUAGAAUGCUUCUAAGCAGUUCAAAAUCAUUGUUGUUAAUGUAAUUAUGUGAUUUAUAUAAAUUGCAGUAAGUGUUGUAGAAAAUGUAGGUAGUUUUAUACUCCAAAAGCUUAUUAUUUCAUGAUAGCCUACCAUCACAAAAGUCAAAAAAUGCACUUAGUAUUCAAUUUUUAAUUUAUUUGCUUUUAUUAUGGAGCAUAGAUAUUCAAUUAGAUGAUGAUUUGUUAUCAUCAAAUCGUGUCCCUUGAAAUAUGUCCAUUGAAUCAUAAAAUGAUUUGCAGUUAGAUUAUCUUAUUAGAAUGUUGGAAUUUUUACAAUUUUGGAUGUAAGCAGUUUGAAAGAAUGUGAAGGUGAAUUGACGUAACACUGAUUUUGUGUGAAGUGCAGGUAUUUGUUUUGAAAAUGUUACAUUUGAGCAGAAAUCUGUUUCCUGAAUACAUAGCUUCAAAUAUAAUAUCCCACUUCAAACAUAGCAUGAAAAAAUUUAGUAUUGUUACACUUCCGUAUUCGCAGAUUUUAUGAUUGUGGAAUACCGUAAAAAAGAUUGAAUGGCAAUUACUAGUUUUGAUAAUAAAGAUGAAAAUUUUUCAUGUAAAUGAAAUUAUGUGUAUUUUUAAUGGAGCUGGCAAAUAAUUUUGAUUGUUAUUUUUAUGAGUCUGCAGUGCAUCUUGCAUAAUGUUAGCAGACAAAUUUAAAUUAAUGAUUGAAGUGAAAAUAUUGAAGCUGUAUCUACAUCUCUAGCUGGAGAUGAUAUUAAUAAAAUGUUUUAAUCAUACAGAAACAGAAACUAUCUAUGUAGUUCAGGUGUGUUAGCUCUCCAAAAUGCUGUUUGUACUAUAUAUGCAUCCUAAAUAGUAUAAUGAAAUUAAAUUCUCUCUAAGGCAUAUCAAAAUGGUCUACUUAUGCUUUUGCCAGUGAAUGAGUGCGUUUCUCAGUUGAGGCUGACACUGUGUUCGUGUUUGUGAUUUCAUUGCCCUUUAUAUCGCGUGUCAUCUCUUCUUCUUUGGAGCAUUUUGUUUCUUUUUUGGUGUUUCUAGCUUCAGCUACAAGUGCAAUUGUCAGUGAUUCUCUUAAGCAGCAGAGAUAAAUUUAUCUCCUGCGUCAUGAACCAAAAAAGCAACUUGCAAAAUGGUAAAAAAUUUAUAUAUGCUGUAAGGUAAAGUGAUUUUUUUUUUAAAGUUGCUGUUUGAAAAAUGCAAUUUUUAGGGGGAAAUAACCUAUUGUAUUCGAGUUUCGCUAUGAUGUGAUGAUUUUCCCUCUUUUUUUUAAUCACUAUCCUGUCCAAAAAUGCAGUAAACAUUUCAAAAUAAUUAUUGAUAUGAUUUGUGAUAUAUGCUUAAGAGUAAUAACAAUGUUAACUGAAUAGAGUAACUCUGCUGAUAAUAUUUAUCAUUUAAAAUAUGAAUAGAAGUAAUUUUUUGAAUUGGAUUCUAACCAUGUUUAGAGCUUCUUGAUUCUAAAUACAGCGUGACUGACACUGACGACAAAUCGGGAUGAGGACCUCAUAAAAAUUUCAAUUAAUUGCUUUUUUUUUUUUCGCUGUUUGAUACUAGUAUCAUUAAACUUGCCUGGAUCAUAAAGGCAGCUGAUGCAAAAUAAAACAUCCUUUUUAUUCAAAUCUCCUACUGAAUAUCGAAACCAUCUGUUUGCAUAAUUUCUUAUUUAUCAACUAUUUAAUAAUUAAUGGAUUAAAUAAUAAAUAAAUAUAAAUCAAUUUUUAAAAAAAUGUUUACUGCUGGUUUUUUUUUUUUUUUUUUUUUUUUUUUUUUUUUGACAAAGAGAGUAUUGUUUUUAGCUUUGUUUGUAACAAUGUUUGAGAGUUAGCAACAUUAUAUUUAUGUAUCUUUAUAAUACACAAUGUCUUCAUACCUUUCUUUUUGAUUAUGUCUUCUACAAGAAUAAAAAUUUGGUCGACAGAGGUGUUUCGCUCCCGGCUAUUUUGAAAAAUAAAAUUUUAAAAGCUUCAAAUAAUAUUUUCCUAGGCGGUGAUUUUUAAAAACUGAUUCGAAACCUCUGGUGAAUGUGGCAGUUCUUAGUUUUGAUUUGCUGAGCACAAUAAAUAGUCGUUUUUGCAGCAAAUUGUUACCUUGCCAUUCGUUAUCUAACUGAUUGGGUAUUGGUGAAAUGUCAAUUAAUAAUCGAGAAUCACUGAUAUUUAUUGAGGCGUUCCCAAUUUUUGAUAAGUGACACUGAUGAAUGUUAAUUUGAGAAGUUCCAAGGACCAAAAAAUCUCUUUUCUAUUCAUUGCUAAGAAAUGGUACAAAAAGAAAGAAAGAAAGCAAAGCCCUGUCAAGGAACGUCUCUCGCACUUAUGCCUUCUCGUGGUUCAUUAGAUUAGUGCAAAUUGACUCAAAUAAAGUGCCACUUUGCAAAUUGUCUUGACUUUUUUUUUGUAUACUUCACUCCUUUAUAUGUCGAUCACUUGGAUUUCAGUAUAUUUAUUGCUUUUCUAAUUUUUCCACCAAACUAUUUGACUCUUAAUGGUAGUUUGUAUUUUUAAAUGUUUUGAUAACUGUCCUAGAAACCUUUUCUCACUAUUUCUAACUGUUACGUCCAUACGAUGUGCCCGGUUGUAUGUAGUCCAUAUAGAAUAGGUGACUUUUUUUAGCCUUCACUUUUGUAGUGUUUUGUAAAAGAUAACGAGGUCAGAAUUCCUUUGCAUUUAUCAAGCGAAACAAGAAGGACGGAUUGGAAAAGGGAAGUUUUUAAAUUCAGGAUGUGCAAUUUAACGUUGUUGCGAAUUUUUUGCAUGUCAUUCCCGUUUCACAGUAUUCCUAUUCAAAGUAAAUGAGAGAAGAAAAACUGAAUAGUUCAAAUAGUACAAUUUUUCUUACAUGCUUCUGUUCAGCAUGUUGUGCUAUCAAUUGACUAUUUAAUUCGAUUUUUAUGUGAUGUGAAUUUGUUAUAUAUGUUUACUUUAAUACUUCAAAAGGAUUCAGGUUGACCGAAUUUAUAUUUUGUAUAUCAAUUUUCACAUAAAUUGUACAUAAAAAUUUCUUUAGUUUUAUUUUUUUUAAAUUAAUCGUUAUUGACUGAAGCUGAAAGUACUUUAUCUCUGAAGUACAGUGGCGAAAAAAAUCCAAAGGGCUACACUGUAUGACAAAAUGUUAUAAAUUGUGUUGAUUUUUUUUUUUUUUGAAAUUGUAUUUAUUUGUUAUAUGAUCUGCAAUAAAAAAAAAUGUGUUUUGUGCAUCUGAA